AUGGCCCGCUCGGCAGCCCCCGGCCUCCCGCUCCCUGCCACAGCCCCGCUGCAGGCUUGGGGGUGCCGCGGACCCCCCGACCUCGAGGGCUACAGCAGCAGCUCGCCCGCGGCCUCGCCUGACUCCUGCGGCCUCUCAUCGCCCACCGCUGCCCGGGCACCCUGCCGCAGCCCCGCUGCUCCUCAUGCUAGAGGUGUUAAUGGGGGCAGGAAAGGGGUCCGGGCUGCGGGGCUGUGCGGGGGCCCACGGCAAAGCGCCAGCGAGAGGGAGAAGCUGCGGAUGCGGCGGCUGGCACAGGCCCUGCUGCGGCUGCGGCACUACCUGCCACCUACCCUGGCACCCGCCGGGCAGAGCCUGACCAAGAUCGAGACCCUGCGCCUGGCCACUCGCUACAUCGCUCACCUCUCGGCCCUGCUGGGGCUCAGCGAGGAGGUGCUGACCCGGAGGCGGGGGACAUCCCCCCGGCACUGCCCGCUCUGCCCCCAGGGCCUGGGGUGCUGCCAGGGCCCGGCCCCCCGGCUGUGCCCAUCAGCCCCGCUGGAUGCUUCGUCCCCCGGCUCUGUGGGCUGGGGGUCACCUCCCACGCUGCACAGGUCUCCCGACAUGGAGACAGGAUCCUGGGGGUUCCCCCAUUGCAUGCCUGUUGCGGAGAUCUCCCCGGAGCUGCUCGGGGUUCCCCACAUGGGGAUGGGUGUCUGGGGAUCACCCCCCUACAUCCCUGCCACGGAGAGCCCCACAGAGCUGCACGGGGUCGUAGCCUCCAAUGAGUCCUCCUGGCUCUCCCCACCCCACUGUGCGGGCACCCCUCUGGACCCCCUCAGCGACCCCCUCCUGGAUUCGGGACUGAUGCUGCCGGACUUCGUAGAUGCAGGGACAGUCACCCAGGACCUCUCCACGGACUUGCUGUCUCUGCUGGAGGCUCUGCUCCCACCACAGUCCCAUGACUGA